AUGAUUGAUGAAACCUGCUUUACGGCGGGUGCUCCUGUUUUCGCCGCGAGCAUUUUCCGUUUCACUGACCAAGGACUGGGCCUGUGCGUCUGCAUGCACCACAACGUUGUCGACGCCAGCGGAUGCUCUACGAUAUUGCGACUCUGGGCUCAAAAUGUUAGUAGUCCAGAAUCUUCCUUUUUGGCUACUUCGCAAACUCGCCUUGAACGCCUUUCAGAGGCAUUGUCGGCCGACCUACCAGAAAUAUCAUCAACUUCAACCGAGACCCUACUGGCGCGACACCCCGAAUUCUCCACAACACCCCCUACCCUACCCGAAACGUUUCCUUCGUGCACAUCCAAGAUCUUUCCGAUUUCAAAACACUGGAUCGACGUCCUGGGGGAGCUGAUGCGCCCGUAUACGUCGAAAAGACUCACAACGAAUACAGUGCUAUGCGCACUGAUCUGGACAACACUCACCCGGAUCCGAAUGGCGCAUAAUCCAUCCCUCGAACAGCAGUCCAGCCGAUUAGCCAUGGCAGUAAAUGGCAGACCGCGCAUAAGCCAGACAUUCUCGACCCCCGACGCCCCUUUUUUCGGCAACGCAAUCACCUACUCCCUAACAGACCUUUCAGCCCAGACAUUGGCUAAAUCCGACGAAACCCCGGUGCGAGCCCUCGCUCAGAUAUGCAACCGUAUGGCUGAGUCGCAGUCCCCAUCUACUAUCGACUCCCGCCAUAUCGCGGAGGUAUAUAGCGUGGCAGAACGCGUGGAUGCCGGGUCUCUCUUUGUGGGCUGGGAUUUGUUCGGAUCGCGGGAUCUUACUAUCACGAGUUGGGCGGACUUUGAUCUGUAUGGGGUGGAUUUCGGGAACGUGAUGGGGCGACCGAGGUUCGUGAGGCUGCCGUACAUGGAGGCGGAUGGGGUCGCCAUUAUAUUACCACGUCAGCGGUCGGUGUCUCAGGAGGUGUUGGAGGUUAUGGUCAUGUUACGGAGAGAUCAUAUGGAGGCUCUGGAACUUGAUCCGAUGUGGCAGGUUCUUGGGUCCGGGGGUGGCGAUGUGAAUCCUUUUGGGUGA